UUACAUGCAUGUCCCAUGUGCAUCUCCCCAGUAACAUGGUGGCCAUCGUUACCGCGGAAACGGUGGUGUAUUGGUGAUGCCUCCAGGGGUAUAUAUACACCGAGCGCUGCGGGGCUUGAUAAACACUUGCCCAUCUGCGAUUACUGCUGCAGCAUGUAUACGUCAUUGGUAGCCAUCAUUACAUUGGCAGCAUACGCUGCGGCAGCUCCAGCUCCGGCGGAUGAGCCAAUACCAAUCGUAAGCCAAAGUCAAGAGGGUCCGAAUCCGGAUGGAUCGUACAAAUGGAGUUACGAGAGCGGAAACGGCAUCAAGGCCGAAGAAGAAGGACAGGUUAAGAACGCUGGCUCAGAGACCGAAGCUAUGGAAGCUAAAGGUGCAUUCAGUUAUCCGAGCGAUGACGGCCAACAAAUAUCUUUGACUUACACCGCCGAUGAAAAUGGAUUCCAACCGGUUGGCGCGCAUUUACCGGUACCACCGGAAGUUCCAGUUCUCAUACAGAAAGCUUUGGAAUGGAUAGCAGCACAUCCAUCCAAGGAGGAUGAGAACAAUCGUGUUUAAAUAAUCAACGACUCUAUCGGACGACCAUUUUGUUUUUUUUUUUUACCGGCAGUGUGAUCUCACUAAGCUAUCCGCCCCCCGCCCACGCCCCCGCCUUUCUAUUUUUGUUUAUAUUUUUUAUUCGUAUAAAUAUUUUCUUUUUCUCGCGA